AUGGCCACGGCUCUACUCAUUGCCGCCGAAAACGGAACAACUCGCACUUUGACGCCAGAGUACCUGGCGGAGGACUCUGGCGACCAGCUCAUUGGAAUUUCCAUCGCCUUCGCCAUCCUGACAACCUUCUUCCUCGGCCUGCGGCUGUUCGCAAAACGGUUUACUGCGGGCGGCUAUGGGGUCGACGAUUACUUCUUGGCGGCGGCAUACGUUGUCGACCUGGUUAUGGUUAAAGUCGGCGGCGUCGGACGACAUGUUGAAUUCGUCGAAGACUUUCACCCUGAACUGUUGACCGGAUGGGCCAAGUCCCUCAUCGCAUUCGAGAUCGUCUACUUCACGUCGGUUGCGUUGCCAAAGAUGGGCAUCGUGUGUCUGUACCUGCGCGUAUUCAACUGGAAGGGCAUGAUGCGCACUACAGCCUACGUGCUCCUCGCAACCCUCGCCGCGACGAGCGUGUCUUUCGUCGUCACGGCAUGUUUCCAGUGCCAACCCCUAGAGUUCUGGUGGGAUCGGACGAUCCCCGGCGGCAAGUGUAUCGACGUCCAGGCCUUUUUCCACGCACAGGCCAUUCCGGGCUUCAUGCUUGAUUUAAUCAUCAUGGCGCUGCCUCUCAAAACCAUCUGGGGUUUGAAGCUCCCUAUGCACAAGAGGAUUGCGCUGGUCGGAAUCUUCAUGGUUGGCAGUUUUGGCGUUGUCGCUUCGAUCAUCCGUGCCUACAUAUUCUUUCAGACAUCUGCCUUUACGGAUCGCACAUGGGCAUCUGUCGGCCUCGUUGGUUGGAGCAUCAUUGAGACUGGAACUUACAUCAUCGCUGCAUGCCUCCCUCAUUUUCGACCCAUGAUCUCCCACUACACGCCCUCUUGGGUCAAGACUAUGGUGCGCAAGACCAUAACAAAAGCCAGCAACUCUGUGUCCAAAGGGGCCAGCUCCAAAAACGGCCGCAGCGAUGAUGAGGUGGAACUCACAGCGCGAUCCAAGAAGCAGACUGUCGACAUCGAAAGCGAUAUGGCCGCAGACGAAGAGCGCGGAUACUCAGGUGGAAGACGAUCGCCGUCAUCCGGAAUGACCGUCGAGGUGCGCAAGUCGGACGACAUGGUCAAAGGAGACUGGGAGGCUCAGGAGGGGAAGAUUCGAGUCACGACAGUAGUCAAGCUGGAGCGAGUGCGUACGUCGGCCUUUCUUAGUGACUCAAAUUCAUAA